AUAAUAAAUAAAUAAACGAAAAUACGUGUGAGACGUGGCACGUGCGAGUUUUCUCAUUUAUAAGGCUCGAAGUUAGUCUGGACCUGUAAUCUGCUGCAGCCCCCAUUCCUAGGGUUUCAUUUCCGCAUCGGUGCAAAACCCUAAUUUACUGCCGACGAUUUAAGGAAAGCAAUCCGAGUAUCAAAAAUGGUGGCCACCAAGAAAACAAAGAAGACACACGAGAGCAUCAACAGCAGACUCGCUUUGGUGGUGAAGAGUGGAAAGUUCACUCUGGGGUACAAGACCGUGCUUGAGUCCCUCAGAAGCUCCAAGGGAAAGCUGAUCAUUAUCUCGAACAAUUGCCCGCCCCUGAGGAAAUCCGAGAUCGAAUAUUAUGCAAUGCUUGCCAAAAUUGGAGUUCACCAUUACAACGGAAACAAUGUGGACUUGGGAACAGCCUGUGGAAAGUACUUCCGCGUUUCUUGCCUUAGCAUUAUUGAUCCAGGUGAUUCUGAUAUCAUCAAGACAUUGCCAGGUGUCCAGUAAACUGUUCUAGUUUUGCGAUCUAUUGCAUCGCCAUGAGUAAAAUUAUCACCAUUUCAUUUCCUUUUUUCUUGGAAUUUUUCCUUGAGGAUUCAUGAAUCUAUUACUGUUCAGUUUUGGUACUUUCAGCUCGCAUAUCUUUAUUUUGAAAAUUGUUAGGCUCUCUAUUUGAAUUUUGGAUAUUAAUUAAGUUAUAGUUAGUAGCAGUACCCAUCUUCAUGAAUGUUGUAAGAGUUCGAGAUUACACCAUUUUCUAUUGCUAGCAAUAUUACAAAAAUUCAGCCUUUUCAAA